AUUGGAUUUGAUCUGUUUCAUAUAUUUAGGACAUGGUUUAUCAGUAUAGAUUACUUAAAAACCUACAUGUUUUUAUGUUAAAUCAUAUACAGGAAAUACCCAUGUAACAGUAAAUUAUUAGAUAUCUGGGAUGGAUGAAAAUAAAACAGAAAUUACUAUUGAAUCAGAACAUGGAGAUAAAUUAGCUAAAAAAUAAAAUACAAAAGAAGGAGCUUUGAAAUAGUUUUUAAGAGAGAAGGGCACUUAUUAUAUUUGUUUCAAAAGUUAGUCCAAAGGGUAUAAGACUGUAAGUUUUGAUUUUGACAUGGAUGGUGUAGAUAA